AUGAACAAGUCAGGUGAAUAUAACUUGUUCAGGCAAAAUGGUGAAGUCAAAUUGGAGCUUCAUGAAAUGGAAAGUAAUAUACUCACCGAUUUACCUACCUUCUCGGAAUCUCCGAAAAUAAACUCGGAAAUCUAUGACAGCAUCCUUAAGCUGGACAACCGAACUGAACAAAAAAACUAUGUCUACUCCGGGGAAAAGUUGAGCGAGUUCAAUUUUCGAAUUAUAAAAAAAAAUUACAUGGGAUCACUUGAUCAUAUGAAAAAUCAGAAUAAUGAAGAGGAUUAUCAAAAUGGGAACGGCAUGGAUGAAAGUGACAAAAAUGAAGAAAAUGUUAAAGAACAAUCGAUAGGAAAAACGUAUCACAAUUAUGCAACAUUAAAAAAUACUGCCAUGUCAAAACAAAGUUUUGAGGAAAUCCGAAUGGUUGACAAAGGAGGAUUUAUACAGGAACUGAUUAUCGAUACACACAAAAACACACUAGAACAUAAGAAGACGAAUUUUCUAUGUCUCGAAGAAAUUCUGAAAAAGAUGAAUCUAAUGCUAGAGUUCCAAAUUAAAAUUAACCACUCUGUUGCUUCAUAUCAAUCGGAGAGACACAUGUUAUUUCAACAUAUUUACGAGCUGAAAAAACAAAUUGCAGAUAAAGCCUUCAAUUCCCUAUGCAACAAAGAUUUCACCGUUCGAUAUGUCGAAAAUGCUGAAUCGAAGCAAAAACAGAAAACAUAUUUUGGCCAAAUUGAGCCUAAGAAUGUGGAAUUUCAAAGGGAGGAAUAUCAUACUAUGAUGAACAAUGAAAUUCCAAUAAAAGGGAGGAAGAGCAUAGAUUUAUUCUUUUCUCAUUUAAGUGAAUUAGAAAAAUGUGUGUAUUCCUUUACUCAUUUUUGUAGAACUGUGUCAAGUCAGAGUUGUAUUCACGAGGUUGGUAGUAUCCGCUUAAGUUCUCUUGAACAUGGGUUUUUUUCCUUUCUUCGGGACCCCGAUGCAGUUCGAUUGAUUCGAGACCUAGAAAAGAAUCUAACAAAAAUAAAGAGUAUGUGCAUGAGCAUUUAG